AUGAGCAGGCCAAAGUCAAAAAGUACAAUUUAUGAUUUUUUCACGAGGAAAAGAGGCCCUGAGACCAAGACCACUUCAAAUGAAGCAGCAGAAAACAGCGUCAGCGGCCCAACUCUGCCGCAAACAGCGGAGAUCAGCAGAAAAGAUAGUGAAGGUGAUGCAUGUGAACAUCAUAGCAGUACUUUUUGCCCAGCAAAGAAAAAGCAGAAAUCCGGAGUAAGGCCAUAUAAAGAUGAUUUUUUGAAGUCUGGGUUCGUCAACUGUUCGGAUGCAGGCCACACUUCAAUACCAAUGUGCGUAAUAUCCUGUGAAAAGUUAGCAAAUGAAAGUUUGAAACCAGCAAAGCUGGAAAGACAUUUAAGUACUCGUCAUGCCGAUUUUGCGGACAAACCAUUGGCUUUUUUUCAGAGGAAGGCUCAAGAGAUUCAGUCAUCAGCUCAGGUACUCAGCAGAAGCAUAACAGUCAAUCAAAAAUUACACUUGGCAUCUUAUAAAGUUUCAUAUCGUGUUGCCAAAGAAAAAGCGCCACAUACAAUUGCAGAGAGAUUAAUUUUACCUGCUGCAUUAGACAUAGUAAAUACAGUUCUGGAUGAAAAGGCAUCUGAAAAGCUAAAACGAAUUCCUCUUAGUGACAAUACGGUGUCACGCCGAAUUGGGAAUAUUGCCUAGAAUUUGGAAGAACAGCUGAUAGCGAGACUGAAGUCAGCAAAGGAUUUUGCUAUUCAGCUGGACGAGAGCACUGCUAUUACAUCAAGCGCUACGCUACUGGUUUAUGUUCGGUACGUCUGGCAAGGUGAAUUUGUUGAAGAUCUUCUGUGCUGCCUAACACUGCCUUCCAGCACAUCAGGAGCACAUAUCUUUGAAGAAUUAAAUGCUUUCAUGACAAAAUGCGGCCUAGAAUGGGUCAACUGCAAAGGCAUCACCAGCGAUGGCGCAGCCAACAUCACUGGAAAAAAUAGCGGAGUUGUCAGAAGGAUUAGGGAUGCAGCAGGACAGAACAUUGUUUGGAAUCAUUGUUUUAUUCAUCGUGAAGCUUUGGCAUCAAAAGGAAUCCCACCCGAGCUUGAAGUGGUGAUGAGAGACAUUGUUAAAGUUGUGAACUACAUUAAAGGUAGUGCUCUUAACAGCAGACUUUUCAAGGCCCUGUGUACCGAAAUAGGGGCCGAGCACACACAUUUACUCUUUCAUACAGAGGUGAGAUGGCUGUCGAAGGGCAGGGUGGUCAGCCGAGUGUACGAACUGAGGGAUGAAAUACGUGCUUUUCUAACUGAGAAACUGUCACCUCUCGCAAGCUCAUUCAGUGAUGAAAAGUGGCUUUUAACCCUUUCUUAUCUUGCUGACAUAUUUUCUGUUCUAAACGAACUGAAUCUAAAACUACAAGGAAGGGAGGAUAAUAUUUUCAGACAUUCCGAACAAAUUCAAGCUUUCCAGAAAUCACUCGAACUCUGGCAGCUUCGACUCAAAUCCUCAAGCUACUAUAUGUUCCUGACAAUGAUGAAACACUUUGAAGAAAAUGAUGUGUCCAAGAAAACGAUUGCUGACUUGACGCGCCUCAUGCAGUCACAUCUGGAUGCACUGAUGGGGAAAUUCUCUCGCUACUUUCCCCAGGAGAAGUUCAAUGAAUUAAAAGACAAGCGGUGGGUGAAAAAUCCACUUGACUUUGAAACUCCAGAUUCAAUUGCUGGACUGAAUUUAACUCCUGAAGAAGAAUCCGAAAUGCUGCAGCUAACCUGUGACGGCACGUUGAAAACUCGCCACAAAACAGAAAAUGAUCUCUCCACCGAGUAUCCGAUGCUGAGCAAAGCAAGCGUUUCAUUGCUACUGUCUUUUACAACUACCUAUAUGUGUGAAACUGGAUUCUCAGUUUUAACCAAAAUGAAGACGAAAGAACGAAACCAGUUGAAUGCUUCUCCAGACAUGCGUGUUGCCCUGUCAUCCUGCGAACCGGCUUGGGACCAGAUUAUGCAGAAUAAGCAGGCCCACCCGUCUUAUUAA